CACCUGGCCCUGUGUCCUGGGAUGGGCGAUGGAGGGCUCUGAGUCAGGGCUGGAGAAUGGAGUGGGAGGGAGAGGACAGUGAUGUCAGCCUGGGAGGAGGAGAGUCGGAGGAGGAGAUCGCAUCCCGACUCAAGGCACAAGGAGAAAAAAGGGGUCGGCCAGGGAUCAUGAGGACUUGUGUAUACACAGAGGCAGGACACAGUAUACACCGCGACACCCGGGACAGGAGCGCCACCCUGCUGCCAACCCCACACACCAGAGCCUCUGUCAGAUGAUGCCAUACAAAGCCUGAAAUCUAAGAGCAUCUCUAAUUCGGUGUGCUGUUUACUGACCUUAAACAACUACAAGUAUACAUUUAUUUAUGGAUAAUUUCUAUCACUAAAAAGGAAACUGUUGUCACAUAUUGCUGCUGCCCAAAUGGAUGCUAUUGAGACUACAACCAUUGAAGUACACUCAGAAGUUCCUCACAGUGAAACACAAAAUGGAUUUCCAAGAUCGGUUUCUUCAAACAGUGAAGAUGACAAAACUGUUAGGACAAAAGCCAAAGGUCUUCCCAACGGUUUGAGGAAAGGAACAAAGAAAUAUCAAGACUAUAUUCAGAUUGCAAUACCAGCAGACUCUAAAAACAAAUUUCCUCUAGAAUGGUGGAAAACAGGAAUUGCCUUUGUCUAUGCCCUUUUUAAUAUGGUUCUAACCACAGUCAUGAUCACAGUAGUUCAUGAAAGAGUCCCACCUAAGGAGGUGAACCCACCAUUGCCAGACAAGUUCUUUGACUAUAUUGAUCGAGUGACGUGGGCUUUUAAUGUAUCAGAGAUAAGUGGGAUGAUUCUGGUUGGAAUCUGGUUACUACAAUGGCUUUUCCUCAGAUAUAAAUCAAUCGUGGCGAGAAGGUAUUUUUUCAUCAUCGGGACUUUGUACCUAUAUAGAUGUAUAACAAUGUAUGUUACAACCCUACCUGUGCCUGGCAUGCACUUUCAGUGUGCUCCGAAACUCAGUGGAGAUUCUUACGGCAAAGCACAAAGAAUUCUGCGACUGUUAACCGGGGGUGGCCUAACUAUCACUGGAUCUCAUAUCUUAUGUGGAGACUUUCUUUACAGUGGACACACGGUCAUGCUGACCCUCACCUAUUUAUUUAUCAAAGAAUAUUCCCCUCGUCACUUUUGGUGGUAUCACUUAUUCUGCUGGCUGCUGAGUGCUGCAGGGGUCAUUUGUAUUUUAGUAGCUCACGAACAUUAUACCGUCGAUGUUAUUGUAGCUUACUACAUCACUACUAGACUCUUUUGGUGGUAUCAUGCAAUGGCUAAUGAUAAGGCAUUGAAGACUUCAUCCCCAACUAAUUUCCUUUCCCGGUCCUGGUGGUAUCCUGUGUUUUUCUUUUUUGAGAAGAAUGUCCAGGCUUCUAUUCCAUGUUCUUUCUCCUGGCCCAUCUCAUGGCCUCCCAGCUGCUUUAAGUCUUCCUGUAAAACAUAUGCAAGGGUUCAGAAGACUGGAGAGGACAAUGAGAAAUGCACCUGAAUCAUCAAGGAGAUAAAUAGUGACUCUUCAAAAGAGACAUUCUGUCUAACCAAAGGAAUAUUAUUUUUGUGAAAGAAGAUGCACCUGUAUAUAAAGUGGACCAAAUUUUCAGAUGUUGAUUACAACAGUUGUUAUAAACAGGAUAUGUCUGUAUCCAUGCACAUAGUACUAACAACAUAUUCUUUUUUUAUGGAAGUGUUUGUUAAGUCUCAAUUGGAUGACAAAAAGAUGUUCCCUCUGGAACAUGUGUUUUGUACCUUCUUUGGGGUAGUUUAUGUAAUCUUUUGUUAAGUUCAUUAACUCACUUACACAGAAUACCAGUAAUAUUCCACAAAUGUCCCUUACUUGGGUUAUUUGCCUUUGGUUCAGGAACCAAUGUAGAUAACAACAUAGAUAACAGUUAGAAGAUAUCCUGGCAAAUCACAAUUUUUCACCAUUGCUUUUCAGGUUGAGACAAACAAUUUCUUUGGCUUUAAACUCUGGAUUUCACUGAUCCAACUAGGUAAAGAUCAGACUUUGAAGAUGUGUACUGUCACUGCAUCCAGCAAUAAUCUGAUGCUGUACUAUUACCAAAGACAAAAAGUGUUUGGCCUCGUACACACGACUGAGUUUCUCGGCAAAAACCAGCAAGAAA